AUGCGGCCUCCCCUCGGCUCCUCCCGGCCCCGCAACCCGAAGCCGGACACGUCCCCGGUGCCGGGGCUGGAUGGAGCCGUCACGGCCGGGCCGCAGGGUUCCGUCCCCCCGGGGCCGGAGGGAUCCGUGCCACCGGGGCAGGAUGGAUCCCUCCUGCCGACCCGGCCGUGGCGCUGGCCCUCCAGCUCCCUGCAGGCCGUACUGGCGGCCCUGCGGCUGCUCCACCGCAGCUCCCCGGGCCCCUGCGCCCUGCGGCUGCGGGUCUUACAGCGCCGGCCCGGCUGGCUCGGGGCCGCGCAGCACCAGCAGGAGCUGACCUUCCUCGUGCAGGACGCGUGGUGCCAGCCCACGGGGACGCCAGCGACCGCGUGCCGGAGCUGCCACCCCCAGGUGAGGACCCGAGGACACGGGGGGGAGGCCGCGGGGGGCCGCGAGGCCCCGGGGGGUCCCGGUGCCGCCCCGGGGCUGACGCCGCCGCUCUCCCCGCAGCCCGGCCGCAGCUGGGGGGCCUGGAUCCGGGAGCGCUGGGCCGGCCUCAGGCAGCGCCUGCGGGAGCGCGGCCCCCUGUGGACCCGCGGCCGGCGGAGCCGCGCCAGCCCCGCGCGGCCCUGA